AUGGGCGGCGCCGACAAAGCUGAGCGGGGGGAGUACACGAGCUUGAAAGGAAACGAAACUUGGGAGUACAUGGCGACGAUUGCCUGUUCGCUCCUGAUGCUCUGUAUCGGCUCGGCGAUGGGCUGGAACUCACCGAGCAGCGUGAAACUCAUGGAGCCAGACUCGCCGGUCAAGAUAACGGCGUCCGAUCUCUCGAGCCUCAUGUCCCUGAUGGCGAUAGGUCAGUUCGUCGCACCGCCCCUCAACUCCAUCAUCGUCGACCGCAUCGGCCGGAAGAAUACCAUACUAUUCGUCGGACCGCUCCUCAUCGUCGCUUGGCUACCCGUUACUAUGACCCACAGCGUUAUGAUAUUGUACGUGGCGCGACUCGCCGCCGGGCUGUCCCUGGGCAUCGGGUUCUCCGUCUGUUCCAUGUACCUCGGCGAGAUAGCGUCGACGAGUACGCGCAGCAUGAGCAGCUCCCUCAUGCUGAUAAUGUACAACCUGGGCAUACUGAUAGCCUUCAUAUUCGUGCCGAGUCUGAGCAUCGUGGCCAACGCGUGGCUGAACCUCGCCCUGGUCGUCAGCUUCAUGCUCGUGUUCAGCUUCAUGCCCGAGUCGCCCAUAUACCUGGCUAUGGCCGAGCGAACGGACGAGGCCGAGGAGGUGCUGAUGCUGCUGCGCGGCAGGACCGACGUCUCCGAGGAGAUGAAGGAGAUCCAGAAGCAGCUGAGGAACAGCAAGAAGAUGCAAGAGGGCCAGAGCCGCUUCUCCCUCGGGGCCAUUUUCACCGACAAGGCCAGCCGAAUGGCCAUUUUCAUCAUCGGCCUCUUCUCCGUGACCCACCACUUCGGUGGCAACGUGCCCGUGCUCACCUACGGCCAGAAAAUAUUCCGCGACCUCAAGAUCCAGGUGAUCUCGGAUCACGCGGCCAACGUCAUCAACGGAGUGGUACAGCUGGUGUCCAUCUGCCUGGUCGCCCCUCUGCCGAACAAGUGGGGACGCAGACCCCUCGUGGCCAUAUCGGGCGCGAUGGCGGGAUUCUGUAACCUCGUCGUGGGCGUCUACUUCUACUUGCAGGAGUACACGGAGUUCAAGGUCGAGGGGUACUCUUGGAUACCCAUGAUCGCCAUCUUCCUAGUGAUAUUUGCGUUCAACUGUGGAUUGCAGACCGUCCAGAACAUCCUCAUAAUGGAGAUGUUCGCGCCCGAGUUCAAGGCUCUGGGCGUGUGCGUGGUCAUCAUGAACGGAGGGUGGAUGUAUGUGAUAAGCUCGAAGCUGUACCUCAUGGUGUCGGACACGUGGCAUUUGGGCCACUCACCACCCUUUUUGUUCUUCGUCGUCGUCGUUUGGUCCGUCACGGGACUGCUCAUGUGGCUCACCCCGGAAACAAAGGGCAAAACUCUACUGGAGAUUCAGGAGGCGCUCUUGAAGUGA